UAUGCCAAUGACUUACUGGUACUCUUUGUCUCUCACUUUGGUCAACUGUAUGGUCCACAAUUCUUGUCCUACAAUGCACACUGCCUUGUGCAUCUUGCAGAUGAUGCGAAAAAGCAUGGUGUCCUUGACAACUUCAGUGCUUUCAAGUAUGAGAAUCACCUAAACAAACUCAAAAGACUUCUGAGGAAACCAACAUGCCCACUCAGUCAAAUAAUAAAAAGACUCUCAGAAAUGCAAAGAUGCUGCAAAAAAACUCACAAAACCAGGCCACAUCUGCUCAAAAAACCACAUGCGACUGGUCCUCUUCCUGCAUCCUUCCAUGAGGCGACACAAUACAAAGAGUUGAGAACAAGCCCACACACUCUGAAAUUGGAUAAGGCAAACAGUCACGUUUGCAUUGGCGGCAAAGUUGCUAAGCUGCAAAACAUCAUUUCAUGAAGGGAUGAAAUUUAUGUUGCUUACAAUACCUUCAACCACCAGGAAUCCUUUUUUGACUAUCCACUGCCAUCCUCUACACUUGGCAUUCAUUUAGUGGAUGACCUCUCAACAACAGUUGAUUUCUGCAAGUUUGAGGAAAUAGAGAGCAAAAUUUUUCUUGUCCCCUAUCACAAUCAAUUCGUUUCAAUUCCUCUUUUACAUACAAAGUAAUUCUUUAUCAGCACUUUUUGUUUCAUAGUUCAUGCAUUUCAAAUGCAUUGUUCAAAAUUAAGUUUCAUUUAAGAGUUAAUAAAAAAUACGGGUUUCAGGCUUGCAAAAAAAAAAGAAAUGUACCUAAUCGUGGAGUUUGAGGGAGAAGGGACGACUGGACCAGCUGCCAAGUCCUGGUAUGCAGAUGGCUACUCGUGGUGGCCACCAUAUAAAGAUCUUGACAGGUUGCUGAAGAGUGUUAGGACAAUGGAGGCACCACAGCCAGAAAAAGGGUGGACCCGACAUAGAGCAAGAAUCCUGCACGAGUCUGCAUCUUUUCAGAAUGUAGCCAACAAUUGGAAGAAGGCCAGCUAUACUUCUGACAUAAACUCAGAACCUGAAAUUGCUGGAAAAAGGAUUCCCAAAAAGAAAACAAGUACAGAUCAUAUAUACUCGUCAGAGGACGAGGCAGCAGAACAAGCACCCAUUAAAAAAAGAAAAGCUGCAAACAAAGCAAGUGUUCCACCUGCACCAAAACCUCCAGCCAUUCCAAAACUUAAAAAAAAAGGUCCUAAUGUGCAACCUCAGGUUUCACAGAGCAGAGCAGUAAACGCUCUCAGCAACGCAUGUGUCAAUCAGCAACAAUGGGACACGGAAGACCAACAACAGACCUGGUGUGAGAGUCUCCCCAGCUUCCAAGCUCCACUGCGCAUGUCUCAGCCAGACCAUGACGGAGACGGCUGGUGUGCUGCUCACCCUAACACACAAGAGCACACGUUUGCUGUCCUGAGACCCUCAGGGGACCACCAAGGAAGAGGCCAGACUCCAGUGGGCGUCUCUCAGGCAGAGCAUCAUGGAGACGGCUGGAGUGCUCACCCACCUGACACACAAGAGCACACCUUUUCUGUCCUGAGACCCUCAGGGGCCCACCAAGGAAGAACACUGACUCCAGUGGGCGUCUCUCAGGCAGAGCAUCAUGGAGACGGCUGGAGUGCUCAUCCACCUGACACACAAGCUGUAGAAAGGGCAAUUCUGGAAACACUAGAGAAAAUGGACAUGAGGAUCAACCAUCUGACUUCACUGGUCCAGUCUCUAGUGGGGAACAGGCGUAUUGUACCCCAAAUGCAGAUGGCUGAAGAGGAAGAGGGUGGUGUCUUUCCUCUAGCAUCUACUGCAGACCUAGAUAGGCUGGAACAAAGACUGGCAGACAGAGGGUUUAUGCAGAGAAUGGUGAACAGAUUAUCCAUCAGUGGCGGGCCGAGCAUGAAGAAAACAGUAUGGAGGAUUUGCUCCAAGGUGUUCUCCACUGACGUCGCCCGGCAGUUGAACUGGUGCGGGAGGGGAGACAAGAGAGGGAUCCGAAAAACACACAUCGGAGCACUCCUAAUAGCUUCAGCUAUGAGGAACCCCGUCCUUCUGUCUCCAACCGAAGCAGACGCGGAAAAAUUUAUAAAAGAUUUCCUACGCUUGGCCCCAGGGAGGAUUUAACUUUUUUAUUUUUUUGAAUGCCUGUAUAUGUUACAAAUAGUGUAUUGUUGUUUGCAUAAACUUGUUUUGUAUAAAUUA